GAAUGAAAACUGCAGGAAACCUGUCAAGGACUGUGAAUUUCUAGGGUCGUGAGGCAUCACCAGAGCACGGUGCAUAAUGUCAACUGCAGGAGUCGCUGCUCAGGAGAUGAGAGUCCCAUUAAAAACUGGGUUUCUUCACACUAGUCAAGGCAUGGGGAGUCUGAAAACCUGCUGGGGUAGCCACAGUGGAUUUGAAAAUACUUUCUUUAAUGUGGACCCUAUAGCAGUGGCAUAUAAUUUGAAUCCGUCAGAGCAACAUUUACCAUCCAUUCGGCACUCUUCCAACCAUGCUUCCAUGAAUGACCACAGCUUUGCUGAAAGUUGCUCCCAAGUCCCAUCUCAGAAAUCCAGUCCACCUCCUGUAAGUCCCAAAAACGAACAGCCAAUUUCAAGAUAUGAAGACAGUCUCGUUCCUGGCUUUAGUAAACUGUCAUUAACCAUGGGAUGUGUUUCAGAAGAAACACCUCCUCACAUGCCAAUAAAAAAUGGGCCAAUUCAAUUUCUGUCUGCAUCUUCCAACGACCGUAGCUCCAGGCCACUACCCCCUCUGCCUAUUUCUGAAGACCUUACUCCAGAUGAGGUUGACAAAGAGGUGGAAUUCCUGACUAGCUCAGAUACUGACUUUUUGUUAGAAGAUUAUGAACUUCCUCCUUUUAAAUCCAGUGCUCCAAGCCGUCGGAGCUUUAGGGGCUGCGGACAAAUCAACUAUGCAUACUUUGAUGCUCCAACAGGACCAAAACCAGAAGAUGCCAACCCUACGCAAAGCCUGCAUGGAUACAUAUCCAGUAUUUAUCCUCCUCCACAGCAGCUGCAUCGACGUUUGCGAAGGUCCCAUUCUGGACCAGCUGGAUCUCUUAAUAAACCUGUAGUAAGACUAUCUGGACACUUAAACAGGUCUUCUCCAAACUCUGAUGAAGAUAAACCGGAGAUUCCACCAAGGGUUCCCAUACCUCCAAGGGCUCUCAAGCCAGAUUACAGAAGGUGGUCAGCAGAAGUUGCUUCUAGCGCGUACAGUGAUGAAGACAGGCCUCCGAAAGUGCCCCCAAGAGAACCUGUGUCACGCAGCAAUUCCCGUACGCCGAGUCCCAAAAGCCUGCCAUCAUACCUCAAUGGGGUUAUGCCCCCCACUCAGAGUUUUGCACCUGAUCCUAAGUAUGUCAGCAGCAAAGCUCUACAAAGACAAAAUAGUGAAGGAUCUUCCAACAGGGUCCCUUGCAUUCUUCCAAUUAUUGAAAAUGGUAAGAAGGCCAGUUCAACACACUACUAUCUGCUGCCUGAAAGGCCUCCAUAUUUGGACAAGUAUGAGAAAUUCUUCAGAGAAGCAGAAGAAGGUAGCUCUAACACAGAGGUUCAGUCCUGGUCUGGUGACUGCACAGCCACUUCAGCCCCAACAAAACUGGACUCAAAACCUAGAACGGACAUAGCUGGUCAUCUGAAACGAAAACACCUGUCUUACGUGGUUUCCCCAUAG